GCCUGUGGGUGGCGCUGUGGCCCGUGCAGCGGCCCUGUGGAGCCGCCAUACUGCCCGCCUCCGCGCCCAACGUCCCGCCGUCACCCCGCGCCGCCGCCGCUAUGGCCGACGUGGAGGACGGCGAGGAGUCCUGCACCCUGUCCUCGCACUCCGGGGGCACAGGCUCCAAGUCAGGCGGCGACAAAAUGUUCUCGCUCAAGAAGUGGAACGCAGUGGCCAUGUGGAGCUGGGACGUGGAGUGCGAUACGUGCGCCAUCUGCAGGGUCCAGAUGCCUGUCUUAGAUGUCAAGCUGAAAAUAAACAAGAGGAUUGUGUUGUGGUCUGGGGAGAAUGUAAUCACUCUUUCCACAACUGCUGCAUGUCCCUGUGGGUGAAGCAGAACAAUCGUUGCCCUCUCUGCCAGCAGGACUGGGUGGUCCAGAGAAUCGGCAAAUGAGACGUUACUAGGCUGCUUUCCCAGUGCAGUGGUUUGCAGUCCUGGUCGAUCUUGCUGUCACAUACUGGACAAAGGCUCGAGCAUGCCAAGGGAUUCAUUCUUCAAAUAGAAAACCAUGGAUCUGCAGUCCUAGGGGACUCAUCAGAGGCAUAAUUUGGCAUUCUGUCAAUUCUCAGAAAUUCUCUACAAUUAAGAAGAUAAUUUAUUAAAGACAGUCUUUCCUACCUCUGUGGUAUGUGGAGUCCACACUGCUCAGAAGUGCUAUGACAAAGGAGAGAACUCCAGCAAAUUAAAUGACUUCGUCCUUUAUUUGUGGGUGUACAAGGAACUGUGAGAGCAAUUUCCUUCACAGAAGAACUUGCUUAUCUAUGCUUAAAUAAUUUAAAAAAGAGAAUGUUACAGUGACAAAAUGCAGUCAAAAACCCAACUCCUAAUAUUUAUCAUUAGGAGGACAGCCCAUGGCAUCUUCAUUUGCUCUAAAUGAGAAUUUCAGUUUUAGACCAGUGAACAGGGUAAAUAAAUGUACUUCUCAACCAUGUGGGGCUUUGAUUGUCUCUGAAGUUUAUCUCCACCUUUGACUCAUCAAGAAAACCUAGAUCUGCACUUACCUCACUGUCAAAUCAUUGAAUUGUAAAGAGGUAUUCUUAAUUCUGGUAAGCUUAUGUUGUGUUUUAGUCAAAAUAUUAAUGGGGAAAUGUUUACCACUGUAACAUUGGAGUUAAUUACACAGUGUUUUAAUAAAUGAAUUAUUCUGCUUA